AUCACUGUAACCUGUAUCCGCCAUGUUUGGUAUAAGUGUAAUCGACAGUUAUUUAAAUAAAAAGUUAAGGGAAAAAAAGCGCCCAAAAAUGUUACCAGGGACAAAGCUUUUUUUUCUAAGAGGACGUCAACAAAAAAAAAUAAAAUAAAUCACGAAGAAAAUCACAUGUGAGCAGGCCCAGCCCCGAGUCACCACCUCGCUUUUAUUUUUAAACGGCCUCCGGAAGUGCUGCUCGGCGGCCUGACAUGGUGGACGCCGUUCUGUCGCAUGCUGACGCUCCGUGGUGGGAUUUCACGGAAGAUGCUGAAAAAACGGGAGCUCUUGCUUUCUGAGAGACAACCCUCCAGUGAUAAUGAGACCAUGGUUCCGGUACUAACCUCCAGAAAAGCCAGUGAACUUCCUGUGGACGAAGCCACUUGUAUCCUGCAGGCUGACCUGCAGUCAGGUCUGACCCAGGAGGAGGUGUGCCGGAGGAGGGCCUACCAUGGCUGGAACGAGUUUGACAUCAGCGAAGAGGAGCCUCUGUGGAGGAAAUACAUGUCACAGUUCAAGGAUCCUCUCAUCCUGCUGCUUUUGGCCUCAGCGGUCAUCAGCGUCCUAAUGCAUCAGUUUGAUGACGCCAUCAGCAUCACAGUGGCCAUCAUUAUUGUAGUGACAGUUGCCUUUGUCCAGGAGUAUCGCUCAGAGAAGUCUCUGGAGGAGCUUGGGAAGCUGGUGCCUCCAACGUGUCACUGCGUCAGGGACGGGAACAUGGAACACCUGUUGGCCAGAGAGCUGGUUCCUGGAGACACUGUGUGUCUGUCAGUGGGAGAGCGAGUCCCAGCAGAUGUUCGCCUCUUUGAGGCAACCGACUUGUCCGUUGAUGAGUCCAGCCUGACGGGGGAGACCUCCCCCUGCUCAAAGUCCACGGCCCCUCAGCUACCAUCCACCAAUGGAGACAUCGCAUCACGCAGCAACAUCGCCUUCAUGGGGACGUUAGUGCGCUGCGGCAAAGCCAAGGGCAUCGUCAUUGGGACGGGAGAGAACUCUGAGUUUGGAGAGGUGUUCAAGAUGAUGCAGGCAGAGGAGGCUCCUAAGACUCCGCUUCAGAAGAGCAUGGACCUGCUGGGGAAGCAGCUGUCUCUCUACUCCUUUGGCAUCAUAGGCGUCAUCAUGCUGGUGGGCUGGUUGCAGGGGAAGAGGAUCCUGGACAUGUUCACCAUUGGCGUCAGUCUGGCGGUGGCAGCCAUCCCAGAGGGUUUACCCAUCGUGGUGACGGUGACGCUGGCCCUUGGGGUGAUGCGCAUGGUGAAGAAAAGAGCCAUCGUGAAGAAGCUUCCUAUCGUAGAAACUCUGAGCUGCUGCAACGUGAUCUGUUCGGACAAAACAGGAACUCUGACCAAGAACGAGAUGACGGUCACUCAGGUCUUUACAUCCGACGGCCUCCAUGCCGAGGUGACCGGCGUGGGAUACAACGGAGCUGGAGAGGUUUUCCUCGAUGGAGAGAUCAUCCACGGCUUCUCCUGCUCUUCAAUCAGCAAGAUCGCAGAGGUGGGCUGUGUGUGUAACGACUCUGUGAUCAGGAACCACACGCUGCUGGGUCGGCCGACGGAGGGAGCGCUCAUCGCCCUGGCCAUGAAGCUGGGUCUGGAGAGUCUGCAACAGGAGUACAUCCGUGUGGAGGAGCAUCCUUUCAGCUCGGAAAAGAAGUGGAUGGCGGUUCGCUGCGUUCAUCGCACUCAGCAGGACAAGCCUGGAGUGUACUUCAUGAAGGGAGCUUAUGAGCAGGUGAUUCGCUUCUGCAGCUUUUACAAUAGCAGAGGAACCUCGCUUUCCCUCAAUCAGCAGCAGAGGGAGCUGUACCAGCAGCAGAUCAGCUACAUGGGCUCUGCUGGACUGAGAGUCCUGGCAUUUGCGUCGGGGUCUGAGAUGGGCAGUCUGACUUUCCUGGGUCUGAUGGGUAUCAUCGACCCUCCGAGGUCAGGGGUCAAAGAGGCCGUGGCCACACUGAUCAGCUCCGGGGUUGUUGUCAAGAUGAUCACUGGAGACUCUCAGGAGACUGCAGUGUCCAUAGCCAGUCGACUGGGUCUGUACACUAAAGGCUGUCAGUGUCUGUCUGGAGAAGAGGUGGAUCAGCUGGACCUGCAGCAGCUUUCACACAUCGUCCCCAGAAUCGCUGUGUUUUAUCGAGCCAGUCCCAGACACAAACUGAAGAUCGUCAAGUCCCUACAGAACAUCGGUGCUGUGGUAGCGAUGACUGGGGACGGCGUCAACGACGCUGUGGCUCUAAAAGCUGCCGACAUCGGCGUGGCCAUGGGUCAGACUGGCACAGACGUCUGCAAGGAGGCUGCCGACAUGAUCCUGGUGGACGACGACUUCCAGACCAUCAUGUCGGCCAUCGAAGAGGGGAAGGGCAUUUACAACAACAUCAAGAACUUUGUCCGCUUCCAGCUGAGCACGAGCAUCGCGGCGUUGACGCUCAUCUCAUUAGCGACGCUGAUGAACUUCCCAAACCCGCUGAACGCCAUGCAGAUCCUGUGGAUCAACAUCAUCAUGGACGGUCCUCCAGCUCAGAGUUUGGGCGUUGAGCCCGUCGACAGAGACGUGAUCAGAAAACCUCCUCGGAACGUGAGUGACAGCAUCAUCACUCGCAGCCUGAUCGUCAAAGUGCUGGUGUCUGCGUUGAUCAUCGUGUGUGGGACUCUGUUCGUCUUCUGGAGGGAGUUGCAGGACAACGUGAUCACUCCUCGAGACACGACCAUGACCUUCACCUGCUUUGUCUUCUUUGACAUGUUCAACGCUCUGAGCUCCCGCUCGCAGACCCGUAUGGUCCAUGAGAUGGGGCUGUGCAGCAACAGGACCUUCUGCUUUGCCGUCCUGGCGUCCAUCAUGGGUCAGCUCCUCGUCAUCUACUUCCCUCCUCUGCAGAGCGUCUUCCAGACGGAGAGCCUCAGCAUCAUGGACCUGCUGUUCCUGGUCGGCCUCACCUCAUCUGUCUGCGUGGUAUCUGAGCUCAUUAAGAAGGUGGAGAGGUGGAGGGGGGUUGAAAAGAGCCCACCUAACGAUGGUUUUCAUGAGGUAUGACCUCCUGCAGGAUGAAGAGGAGGAUGAAGGUGGUGGGUUUUAGGAUCUCACAAUUGGUGACAGUGACUAAUUAAGACUUUAAGGACUAGUGGGAUUUCCUGUGAGACGCUCUGGUCUGGGACCGGGGGGGCGCAUUAGAGGACUGGGGGCUGCUGUGUCUGCUGGAACUUUCAUCCCCCUGAGCCUCGCUAACCAUAGCUUUGGGGAAACAGCCACGGAGCGACGGUACGGACCAGCCCAGAACCGGAACGGUAUUUAGGAUCUACUGUAAGUGAAUCCCUGGAACAAUCAAACUCUAGAAGUGUGUACAAUUCUUCGGUUUUCCUCUUGUCUUUUCAUUCCAGCAUCUAGAAGGUGUUGACCGCUGUUUUCAGCACAUGGUGGAGGUGUAACUACAAAUAAAUCAUCUGUAGAUGGUUCUUGGUCUAAUAGGAAACUGAAGGUUAAAUUAUUUAUUGACUUUUUAGAUGUUUUGUGAGAAGCAGAAGGUUUGACGAUCUGGUUAAUUGUUGCUUUACUCUGGUCACAUCUUUUGUAAUGAAUGGCUCCUGUGUCCAAUGCUUUGAUGCUGGUUUCAUACUCAAGGCUCUGCACAGAUUCAAACUGAAUUUUCACUAAGAUUUGCAUAUUUUUACAAGCGUCUUUUUUAUUUACAGAAAAGCCAAAGUUCUUUCUAAAGUGUGAUUUAAAAUGACUGAAGUAAAGGUUAAACAUUUGUUCCAAUCAUCACUUUGCUACUUUAUGUGGAUGGAACACAUGUGCCAGGGUUUGGUCCUCGAGGUGAUCGGAGGUUGUAGCUGCAGCCUGUGGUCCUGGUUCAGGAGGAACGUGGACCGUUACGCCUUCACUCCACGUCUGCUAAGGAGGACUCGACUCUGGGUCCUGGCUCUCGUGGCUGCUGAUUGAAACCCGACCUUUCUAACUUGUGGAGCCAGGCCUCCGGUCACUUGCGUAACGGUGCAUUCUCGUCCUGUGCCUUAGAGAAGUCACAUGAUUUUAAACAUCUUUCCCUACUUAAAGUUUUUCUUUUCCACCUUUUAAUCAAUGUUUAAAAGUUGUGAUGCUUUCUGGGAAAUGUAGUUUAUUUAACCAUUUGGUAGUCAAAGGUUUACUUUGUAGAUAUUAUUUAAGCUUACGGCCAUACCACCCUGAGCACGCCUGAUCUCGUCUGAUCUCGGAAGCUAAGCUGGGUCAAGCCUGGUUAGUACUCGGCGGCACGGUGGUGCGGUGGGUAGCACUGUCGCCUCACAGCAAAGACGGUUCUGGGUUCGAUUCCCGGAGGCGGACCUCGUGCCUUUCUGUGUGGAGUUUGCACGUUCUCCCCGUGUUUGCGUGGGUUCUCUCCGGGUUCUCCGGCUUCCUCCCACAGUCCAAAGACGUGCAUUAGGUUGAUUGGCUUCUCUCCAUUGCCCGUAGGUGUGAGUGUGUGAGUGAAUGGUUGUCUGUCUAUGUGUUGCUCUGCGAUGGACUGGCGACCCGUCCAGGGUGUACCCUGCCUCUCGCCCGUAGCCAGCUGGGAUAGGCUCCAGCACCCCCGUGACCCCGCAUUAGGGAAUAAGCGGUUAAGAAAAUGGAUGGAUGGAUGGAUAUUAUUUAAUGUUUUACCUAAAGGCACAUCCACACAAGAACAAUAAAAGGAGGAAAUACCUUCACCCGCUGCUGUUUCCAAAAUAAAAGCCUUUUUAUGGUGUUUUUCUAAAACUGUCUUCAUUGUUAUGACCAGGACCUUUAAUGCAAACCUUACGUUUAAUAUGUAUUUACAAAAUAAAAUGAGUACACGUGCA